AUGAAAACUCCGUCAAAAAGCCAGUCACAGCUUAUUACAACAAUAACUCCUAGGCAAAGUAAUGAUAAAGUUAAAGCAGCAAAAUUGCAACUUGCUGUAAGGAUGACCGGCCAUUGUGCAAUACGCACAAUUGAUCAUCUAAGUGAAAUCAUGAGAGCGCAUGGUCAGGGAAGUACACUGGAGCACAUACAGUUGCAUAGAACUAAAUGUUCAUGCUUAAUAAAAAAUAUUAUAUGGCCUGCACUUAAGGAUGACCUUAUAGAGGAUUUUCGGAACAAGAAAUAUGCCAUCAUUAUAGUUGAGUCUACUGACGUUUCCACUCAAAAGCACUUGUGCAUUAUUGUUCGUUUUUUCAGUGACAGGAAAAAUGAAAUAUUUACUGGAUUUCUUGCUUUAAUUUCCUUGCAAGUGGCUACAGGAGAAAACAUAUUUAAUUUGAUUGAUAAGGAAAUCAAAAGGUGUGGUCAGAGUCUUACAAAUUGCAUUGCUUUUGCCUCAGAUGGCGCUUCAAACAUGAUCGGGUGGAAGAACUCGGUAUGGUCCAGAAUUAAAGAUGUGUCUCCUUUUUGUGUACAGCUCAGAUGUAUCUGCCAUUCACUAGCACUCUGCAUUUGUAGUGCAAUUGCCAAGCUGCCAUCCAAUAUUGGUUUUCUACUGUCAGAAAUACCUCAGUGGUUUC